UUUAUAUCACCUUCGCACGAUUCCAAGCGGCCGCCUCCCCCACUUGCGAAAGCCAAACGCGAAAACCCACCACCUCAAACCCUAGCGCACUCGCCGCCGCCGCCACCGCAGAAAAGAGACAGGCACCUUCUCCGGCCUCCUCCCAUGGCGCGCAUCCACCUCGUGGCCGUGGCCAUGGCCGUCCUCUUCGCCGCUGCGACGGCGCAGGCCCCGGGCGCGUCCCCGACGCCGGCCCCACGGGCGCAGCCCACGCCACCGCCGCCGCCGCCACCUCGCGCCCCGGCGCCGGCCCCGGUUUCUCCCCCCGCGCAGGCCCCUGCAACGCCUCCCCCGGCCUCCGCCCCGGCGCCCGCCCCGACCCAGACGGCCCCCGCUCCUUCCCCCAAGGCCGCGGCCCCCGCCCCGGAGGUCCCGGCCUCGCCGCCGGCGCCGGCGCCGGGCUCGAUCACCCAGCCGCCGUCCGAGGCCCCGGCCUCCCCGCCGCCGCCCAGCGCCGCGUCCAGCGUCGCCCCCGCCUUCGCCCUGGUCGCCUUGGCGGCUGCCUUCGCGCUCUUCUUCUGAGAUCGCGGCGCCGCCUCCGCGCCGAUCCGCUGCGACCGUGACGUGGCGCGGCAUGGCCGCCGCCGCUCGACGUCGCGCCGCUACCGCUAUUUAUUCGCCUUUUCUUCUGCUUCCUGGUUUGGUCAUUCCAUUCGUGGUUUUGUCUAGGGCGCGUCCGAUCUGAUCUAGUGAUCUGGCGUUUGUGCGUGCGUGUUGAGGGAGAGAGUGAUUGAGAGCUGAGACAGUGACGUGGGUUGCCAUUGUAUAAUUGCCGCGUUUCUUUUGUAGCGCAUUAUUCUUUCUACAGAUCUGCUCACUAAUGUUAUCGUGUUAUUUAGCUCGUUUA